AUGUUAUUACGAUCAACAUUUCGAUUAAAUUUUUCUUCUCAAUUAUGGAAUGUCUUACGUCGUACAAUGUUUAUUCAAUCUCAAGAAACUCCAAAUCCAAAUAGUCUUAAAUUUUUACCUGGUCGUCCGGUGCUUGAUUCGGGUGUUGGUACUCGAGAUUUUCCUACUAUUCAAUCAGCUUAUAUUUCUCCACUUGCUAAACAAUUAUUUCGUGUUGAAGGUGUUAAAUCAGUAUUUUUGGGUUCUGAUUUUAUAACAAUAACAAAAGAACAUGAUGAUAUUCAAUGGCAAGUAUUAAAACCGGAGAUCUAUGGUGCAAUUAUGGAUUUUUUCACAUCAAAUUUACCUGUCGUUGAUGACAAUAUUGAACCACCAGCAAGUAGUGUAUCCCCUGAAGAUGAUGAUACCACAGCUAUGAUUAAAGAAUUACUUGAUUCAAGAAUACGACCAACAGUUCAAGAAGAUGGAGGUGAUGUAACAUUUGUGUCAUUUACUGAUGGAAUUGUUAAAUUAAAAUUACAAGGUGCUUGUACUUCAUGUCCAAGUUCAAUAAUUACAUUAAAAAGUGGAAUUCAAAAUAUGUUACAAUUUUAUAUACCAGAAGUUAAAGGUGUUGAACAAACAGAAGAUGAAGUUGAUAGAGCAGCAAAAAAAGAAUUCGAAGAAUUUGAAGAAAAACUCGAGCAUGACGAAGGAGAAGAAGAAGCGAAGUCUUCAUCAAAUAAAUGA